AUGGUCGCAAAAUUCGAUGGGAAUGCGAAGUGUUCCCUCCACCGUGACGUCGCCUCGCUAGCGUCGGCACAGCCCUCCACGAUGGCAUGGAUGCCGCAAUCCGAUGUGCCGCAAUCUGACGUGCCCCAGACCGCUCGCCCUCCAUUAACUUCGCACCAGUCUAAUUCCCUUCCUUCAACCCCAUAUCAACAUGCGCGCAACCUAUCGUUUCACUCCCGGUCGCCGUCCCCCGCCCGCGGAAGCACCUCCCCUCGAUCAACCCACUCUGAGGCCACACAUCUACCCCCGUCCUCCCGAAAACCGCUCGGAGGAUGUAAAUAUGAGACCGCCAUGGCAUAUUUUCGACGACGGAUACCGUAUAGCCUAGGGGCAGAUAUACUACCGGAGGAGAAGGGGCCGUUGAAGGAGCAACUCAGCCCGGGCGAGGAGAAAAAAUUGUCAACUGAGAUCAUGGAUCUGUAUGAUCGAUUGUUACCAUCUGCUGAGAGUGAUGAUCGACGACGACAACUCGUUCGGAAAUUGGAGAAGCUGUUCAAUGAUCAAUGGCCUGGUCAUAAUAUUAAGGCGAACAUUUUUGGCUCGUCAGGGAAUAAGCUCUGUUCUAGUGACUCGGAUGUGGAUAUUUGCAUCACGACCAACUACAAGGAAUUGGAGCAUGUGUGCCUGUUGGCUGAGGUGUUAGCUAAACACGGGAUGCAACGCGUGGUGUGUGUGUCGCACGCAAAGGUCCCCAUAGUGAAGAUUUGGGACCCGGAACUCCGAUUAGCCUGUGACAUGAAUGUCAAUAAUACCUUGGCGCUAGAAAACACACGAAUGAUUCGGACCUAUGUUGAGGUGGAUGAACGAGUGCGGCCUUUGGCGAUGACUGUCAAAUACUGGACGAAGCGCAGAAUCCUCAAUGAUGCGGCACUUGGGGGGACCCUUAGCUCUUAUACCUGGAUCUGUUUGAUCAUUAAUUUCCUGCAGACGAGAAAUCCUCCGAUUCUCCCAAGCUUGCAAGCACGUCCCCACAAGAAGAGAAUGACCCACGACGGAUUGGUCUGCUCGUUCGAUGACGACCUCAAGACCUUGUCUCAAUUUGGCCGCAAGAACAAGCAAUCGGUUGGCGAGUUGCUCUUUCAAUUCUUCCGGUAUUAUGGUUAUGAACUUGACUACGAGAAGAACGUCAUCUCAGUACGAGACGGCACCCUGAUCAACAAAGAAGCCAAGGGGUGGCAUCUGAUGUUGAACAACCGACUGUGCGUGGAGGAGCCGUUCAACACGUCAAGGAAUUUAGGCAACACCGCCGAUGACACCUCGUUCAGGGGAUUACAUUUGGAAUUGCGAAGGGCUUUCAAGUAUAUCGCAAACGGUGACCUAGAAGGGUGUUGUCAGCAGUUUGAAUUCCCGGCAGAAGAGGAGCGGACCUGGGAACGACCGCCACCCCAACCACGGCCAACUCUCACGCCUUCCCUGCCAUCGCGGGGUGGACGGGGUGGAAACCGUGGCGGCAGAUAUAAUAAUCAGUAUUCGCGAGGUGGGCUCGCUGGUGGGCGACGACAGUCCAACACCGGGAACAAGUCCAACUUCCGCCAGCCGAAUACUGGCAAUGCAACAGAUAUCUCACUGCAGGCACAACAGCAAGCCCAGUAUCUUCUGCAUGACCAGUUAUAUCAACAAAUCCAGCUUUUGCAGGCGCAGGAGCAAGAAUUGCGGAUGCAAUUGCAUAGUCAGGCAUUGAUCACUGGGAGACCACCGCCGGUGUUCAUCCGUCAGCCAUUUAUCCAAUUUCCAGUUCCUCAACAACAAGACUUUCCGGAGGAAACCUCGAGACCGAGAUCAGGGACAGGAACAGGAAGCCAUGCUACUCUCAGCCCUACUCAGCGCCAGCAAACAAUUUAUAACCCUACUUAUGCUUCGGUUGGUGCUGGCUCGCAAGCGACCAUGACCAACCCCCUUCGCCGUCUGCUCUAUAUUCCCCUUUAUAACAUGCCGCCACCCUCGGACAACUGGUCAAAACAAAGGCCAACCACGGAGUCACCAGAAGGCGUAGAAGGCAGUGGUGACGAGAACGCGAUGCGCUCAAACAGUCUUGCUAGCAAUGGAUCUUGCCCAAACUCCGUGGAUGACAACCGGCAGCAAGAUGUGCUGGGUUAUUACAUAACUCCUCAACAGCUUCAAGCCUUCCAGCAAGGUUCUAUGCUGCCACCGUUGUCCACACAGAUGGGUCUUGUCUCGAAUGGAUAUUCGUUUAUUCCCCUUCAACCAGAUUACCGACCGGGAUCGUUCUCAUCAGAAACAGCUCGCUCGGAGCACACUCCAACUUCCAAGCCUUCGUCGCAACCGGCUCAAUCCGCUCCGCGCCCAGCUGCACCCGGUCCGUUGAUCGUCGAUGGAUCGGUGCGUCCGAGUGAGCCCCGCUCGGCAUAUGCACCUGAAUUGAUUGAUCCUUACUCUGCGAUAACCCAUUAUACAUCGUCGGAUGAUCACAAUAUAAACACACCUGCAAGUUUCUCCGAUUCCUUGUCUCAAGAUUACCAGGAUUCCGGGUCCUUUGACUUGGAGCACUCGGCUGUCUUCACUCGGCCAUCUACGGAAACACAAAAGGUCAAUGGUGUAGGCGGUGAAAAGCAGUCAGACGUGCAUAGCCAAACUGAGCUUCUCGCUAGUCGGCUGCAGAACUACCACCUAUCGAAUUCCGAGAAGCUGGUACAGCAACCCGCGAAGACAAGUCCGGAUCGACCAAGGAAUGAUGCAGCACAAGGACCAGGAAAGGAAAGCGGGCAGCCUAAGCACACGGGACAGAUGAGUGAGAAAUCUGCUGCAUCUGGACCGAAUGAGAAUCGGCACCAGUCAACCAAUUCGAAGCGCCGCACCAAUGGAGACCAUUCCGACAAGGCAAACGGUGUCAAUGGCAAGAGCAAACCUAAAGGCCAAGGCCGACACGACGGCUCUCAUAGUGCUGCUCCAGGCACUAAAGAUCGACACACAGACUCGUCCCGAAGAUCAGGCGGGCAGACUAACGGCACGAACGAUAGCAACCAUGGAUGGCAGACUACCAAGAAGAAGAACCGCAAGAACACCAAGUCGUCAAUAGAGCCUCGAAACAGCAUCAACGGCGGUCAUGAGCCCGCUCCAGCAGAUGAUUCUUUGCGGAAAGGCGGUUGA